GCCAACUCACCAUGGUCCAUACCCAACCAACCAAACCAUCCAGCAAAGCUCUCGGGAAACGUCCCAUGCGAAACGGCGUCAUCGCACCCAGUCCACUCUCCCUCUUCACUCCCAGCGCUGCCAACUCACCCGCUGCUGACGAGGAAACCGAUGACCCUUCUACUUCCACUUCGGUCGCGGCGGCGGUUGAUGGUACGGGUGCGGGACCGUCAGGAGUAGGCACCAGCACUAGAAACAACCACAAACGCGUAUUACCUUCGCGUGUCCGACGUGGAGGUGUUUACUCCCUCGUUGGGACGAGUGAUACGGAUCAGAAUAUAUUGGAUAUGUUGAGGAGGAGAGGCGAAAACGAACCCCUCAUCCCAACACAUACCGUAUUCAUCCUCACAACGGACUCAAGCCAAGUACCCUCAGCUUCAACAAGCGAAAUCGGGUUGAACAAGCUCGCUAACGAACGGUACUUCGAACGUCCAGAAGUUAUACGUGCUUACAAGAACCAACAAGAUAUCCAAGUCCCCGAGUUUACACAGAUUGACGAAGAGACGGUUGGAGGAAGGUUGCGUGCGAGGACUGAGGAGGAACCACCCGAACUAACAGACGCAGCCUACGAAAAACGACAUCGGAAAUACGAAAUGAUCGAAAAGCGGCAACGACUGCGCGAGAAGGAGAAACUACAACACGAGCAUUAUAAACUAAAAGAACGAAUAGAACAACUGCGGACUAUGGAUUAUAAUGCUUUCCUCACGCUCCCGGACGAACUUUUCGCGGAGGUGGAGAACGAGGGCGCGAUGGGUCUGGACUACGCGGAUGGUGCGCCUGAACCUAAUACUGGGGGUAGUAGUACCGGUGGCGGUGGUACUGGUACUGGUAGCGCAGCGUCGCUUCUUCAAGAAGCUGAGCGCAGGAGGAAGUUGAUCCUUGACGUAGCUGCGUCCCUAGAAGAGCGUUAUCGGAUCCUGUUACCUACAGAGAGGAGACCUGCGGAACAACUAAGAUUCGUCACACGAGUAUCUUCAAUCGAACCUAGUAUCCCUGAUGAGAACGUCGAUACAAUUCCGACGACAGCAGAAGCCGAACGUGAUCUUUCCGCUGCUGCUGCGAGUAGUACUGUUACUAGUCGAUCGAAGUCAUUGAAGUUGAAAUUGCGGGCACAGCAGACUGCGCAGCCUACACCACCUCCUACCGCGGCGUCAGAGCCUGUACGAAAGCGGAGAGAGACCCCUCUGCGCAGUGACUAUUCGCCAGCUCCUGCGGAGAUAGAACCGCUGGAAGGCUCUACUGGUGCUGCUCCCUCUCGUCUAAUGUCUCGUCAAAGGAGAUCUAAAGUGGAAGAACGAUCAACCCAGCAACUCACACCUCCUACAUCCAAUGGACAGGAGCAACGCGCAGUGGAUAUCGUACCCGAUUCUUUGUCGCCUCCAAGUCGCACCCCUGAUAUCACAAUGGACGAAGUAACCCAAGAAUCACAGAAGUAUCGACCAGGAGGCGCAGCCACACUUACUGUGCAUCACGAAGGGGGCCUUCCUACUUCUAUAACCAAGGAGUCACCUCCUCCAGUAACUUCGAAUAGCAAGAGACGCCGACGCGCGAUGGACCAAGUACAGGUGAAUCGGAACUUCAACGUGAUACAAUAUAAAGUUCCGCAGGAGCAAGAACCGUCGCGGAAGAAGUCAAAGACUUUUCGUUCUGAAUAUGAUAUUCCUCCUAGCACUCAAGCAACGCAGCAAGACUCUGAUACUCAGAAGCGUUUAACAACUGGAAUCGACUACCCCAUUCCCACAUCGAAAGACACUCGACAUACCAAACAACACUCUACUACGAAAUCUCAUCUUCCUCCCACCGACUCCACCGAGCCAGAGACAUUCGUAGAAGCAUUCGGGAGGUUUUUAAGCUUAUCGACCAAGGACAUGGCCGCGUACCUAGUAGAUCACCCUCGCUCAAUCCCAUACGCCCAAUUGCGGCAACUCGAAAAACCAGAUCAAGGCGGUGAAUUUGACGUCGACGCGGACGUGAACGUUAAUGUUAUUGACCUGGAGCAGCCCGACGUGGACGAAACGCCGACAGCCGACGAACCCGUUACUCCGCCACCCGAAUCUGUCGGUGUACCUACUUCAAGAAGUCCCGAGCUUCUCCUUGUGAAUUCGAAUUCGAAACAACGGCGUUCCAGGUACUGGACACCGAGUGUCGACGUUGAUGAUGAUGAUGAUGGUGAUGAUGGUGAUGAUGGUGUUAGUGGUGUGAGUAAGGCGGGUCACCAGAAACGGCGGUCGAGAACACCUCUCGCUGCAAACGCUAACGCUAAUCUUCGAUUCGGGUCUACAUACUCACACUCACAAUCCACUCCCGACCGCCAUCCGCAUCCAUCCUCACCACCACUCACCAUAACCUCCCUCCAAAGCUACGAACUCAACUCACCCGACGGAGGAGGAGGAGGAGGAGGAGGAGGAGGAGGAGGAGGAGGAGGAAGUGGAACAGGAAACCCACGCAAACGUCCUACGAAACCCGUCAAUGCGCUUCUAGCGUCAUCCCGACAUAACGAAGAACCAGGAAGGAGGACAGGAAGGAGUGUGAAGGCUUUUGGGGUUGAGGUGCCGAGUUUUGAGGGGGAGGAGGAGUUUGACUUGCCGAGGUGGAUGGUUAGGGAGGUUUUGAAUGAGAGGAGGUGGAGAGGUGUUGGAGGGGGAGAUAUUGGUGAGGAGGAAGAUGGUGUUUAUGAGGAUGAAGAUUUGAACUCUGAUGCGGAUGGGGAGGCAGAGACUGUGAGCGAUGGCGACCCGCCUUCGUUUGCUGUUGGGAUGGUGCAUGGUGAAGCCUUGCAUGGCUCGUUUGUGGAUAGUGUUAGUGCUGUGGGCCGUUCGAGAGCAAGCCGCCGAUGAUUGGUAGAAUCGACUGCACAACGCUGUUACGUUUUUUUAAAAUAACUGAAUACGUCCCUUUGCUAAUGCUAUAGCAUCACGACCCUCAACCAGUUUUCUCUUUCAGAGAUCAUUGCAAUCUUCUGCUUUCUGUCUUUACAUCUUGCUUCAACCUUACAUACAUUCAUACAUACAUACAUUUGAUGCAACCUUUGGUCAAUCGAAACCAAUCCUGUGUACAAACUUCGAUGUUUAGGCUUCUGUUUGUACAUGUACUUGGUGCUGAAUGCUUUGUAUUCUUAUAAGAACUUCUUAUUCUCACUGUCUAUAUUCCAUGUAAUGGC